AUGUCUCAUCAUCUACCUCCCAUAGAUCCACAGCUUGCCGAACAAUUGUCAAUAAUAAUUGAGAAUAAAACAUUCGAUAAAACUAAAAAUGGAAUAGAAUGGGAAUCAAAACUUUUAUCAAUGAUCUUAACAAGGUUAGAUCAAAUCAUAGACGUGUCAAAUGAACCAAAUGAAGAUAUUAUUACAGCCUCACGACGUAUAAAAUCACAUAUCAACUCCCAUUUCCUACAGUCACCUCCUUUCACAAUUCCACGAAUAGCAGAGGUAUUGAUAGACCCCACCAAAGAAGGUUAUGAUUUAGAGGACAGUAAUAAAAUCAUAAAGUUGUUCAAUUCUUUAACGAAAUUAUUCCUCAUUUCUUCAACCGUUGAUGAUUUCCCUCCAGUUGAGAUGCUGAAGUCGGAUAGUGGUGAUAUCGAUGUUACUACUACAAUAAUACGCACCUCUGUAGGUCCGUCGGUUGUGGCUAAAGUUCCACUCGUGGAAAUUCCAUGGUUGGAUGGGGAAUCAAGUGUGCGUAAUAAUCAACUGCCAUCCGAGCCAACUGACAAAGAUAGAUCUGAAGCUGACCCAAACGAGAAGGAAAGUCAACCGUCUCCACAACCAAAUCAGAAAGAUACUCAAACAGAACCCGAAUCAAAAGACAAAGAAAUUGAACAAGACCUGAAGUCAAAGGACUACUUCACCGGAUCUGAUAAGCAGAAUCAUUUUAGAAGGAGACCCCGGGAUGAUGAUCCAUUGGAUGAAAUAUCGGAUAGUGUGGACAUACUGUCAAAGAGGUCAAAGGCUGAUACCAAUUCGUUAAUUGAAAACGAUAUCUCAUCAGAUUCUUCGGAUGUCAAACCUAUAAAAGAGGUGUGA